UUUGCCAAGGCUAAAGAUACUCGGAAGGUGCGCCUGCUACUUCGCAAACUGGGCACCAGAAUGCACGAGCUGUACACGGAUAUCAUUCUGCCAAACCACCCUCGUGAUUUCACCUUCGAUGAAACCCUCCAGCGCCUGUCAGAAACUUUCGGCGAGAAGUCCUCUUUGUUCAAUACUCGAUACCAGUGUUUUAAACUGUAUCGUCAACCGCGAGUGCGAAAGGUUCAGUUCAAGUGCUUCAUUUUUGUGAGCGCUCUACGGUCACCAUGUGAUGCUGAAACCCGGGCGCGUCUGCUCUACAAGAUUGAACAGGACCCUGACUCUACUCUGCAGACAUUGACGGCCGAGUGUCAAGCAUGA